AAAAAGAGAAAGCUUUCUCUCCGAGCUCGGCUGUUUUUUAAGAAAACGUCAAAAUCAGAUCUUUCGUUCGUCUCCUCCAGUUUCUCCACCUUCGAUUAUCCCAAAAGGCUCUCUUGUUAUUGGAGAAAUGGCAGAUACCACCAAAGCCGAGUUGAAAAAGCCAGUUUUCACAAAGGUUGAUCAGCUUCGUCCUGGGACUAGUGGACACAAUGUCACUGUGAAGAUCGUGAGCACGAAGGUGGUGUUACAGAAAGGCCGUGCUGAAGGUCCUCAGGCUCGCCAGUUGCGGAUUUCUGAAUGCAUUGUUGGAGACGAGACAGGAGUUGUCGUCUUUACCGCAAGAAAUGACCAAGUGGACCUAAUGAAAGAAGGAUCCACUGUAACUCUACGCAAUGCCAAAAUCGACAUGUAUAAAGGAUCAAUGAGGCUAGCUGUAGACAAGUGGGGUCGCGUUGAAGUCACAGAGCCUGCGAGUUUCAAAGUGAAAGAAGACACCAACAUGUCCCUCAUCGAGUAUGAGCUCGUCAACGUCGUUGAAUAAGCAAGCAAGACACAAUCCUAAAAACACACCUAGAGAGACAACUCAAUAAUACACCAGUCAAUUGUAACCGUUAAUGUUGGCAUAAAGAAAGAGUGAAACAUGAUAUCCUGCAUUAAGCUAUGUAAGAGUGAUGGCUCCUCUAAAAGUGAAUGCAGAGCUUUGGCUUUAGGUUACGACUUUGUGACACCUUUUUGUUUUGUAAUGUCAUCGUAACUGUGAAAGGCUUUUGGCUAACAUUGUUACUCUCUUUAUCC